CUGCACGCGGGGCGAGUAAGGGGGCCUGAGCUGGAAGCGGCGCAGGCGCAAUCGGCGCGGUUCCUGCAGGGGCCCCGGCACGGUGAGAGCGAGCGGCCCCAUGGAUGACGAGGAGGAGACGUACCGGCUGUGGAAGAUCCGCAAGACCAUCAUGCAGCUGUGCCAUGACCGUGGCUACCUGGUGACCCAGGAUGAGCUGGAUCAGACGCUAGAGGAGUUCAAAGCCCAGUUUGGGGACAAGCCAAGUGAAGGGCGGCCGCGACGCACUGACCUCACCGUGCUAGUGGCCCACAACGAUGACCCCACGGAUCAGAUGUUCGUCUUUUUCCCAGAGGAGCCUAAGGUGGGCAUCAAGACCAUCAAGGUGUACUGCCAGCGGAUGCAGGAGGAGAACAUCACACGGGCCCUCAUCGUGGUGCAGCAGGGCAUGACGCCCUCUGCCAAGCAGUCACUGGUCGACAUGGCCCCCAAGUACAUCCUGGAGCAGUUUCUGCAGCAGGAGCUGCUCAUCAACAUCACAGAGCACGAGCUGGUCCCAGAGCACGUGGUCAUGACGAAGGAGGAGGUCACUGAGCUGCUGGCCCGGUAUAAACUCCGAGAGAGCCAGCUGCCGAGGAUUCAGGCCGGGGACCCCGUGGCGCGCUACUUUGGGAUUAAGCGGGGGCAGGUGGUGAAGAUCAUCCGGCCCAGUGAGACCGCGGGCAGGUACAUCACGUACCGGCUGGUGCAGUAGUGCCUGACCCGAAGGUGAGAGAGAGGGACUGUGGCCCCUGCUCUGGGCUGGGGGCGUGCUGGCCGGCCUGCCCCCCAGGAAUCUUGCUGCUGUUCUGGACCCCGAGGCAGCGCUGCAUGGGUUUGCAUUCCUGGGCUGAGCCCCAGCCCGUACCCGUGCGAGGGCACCACGUGGAGGCCUUGGCUGCCCGCCUGCUCUAGCCUCCGUGUCUUCUGCACCCCCACCCCCAGCCUCCCAUCACCACAACCCCUGGCCCGUCAGGUGGCCCUCGUGCCCUGACCUGUCGUCUGGAGUUGGAGUUGCUGUUGCUAUUGAAUGCUGGUGUUUUUACAAUUAAAGAUAUUUUGAGUAAACAA